UCCUAAAGUGAAGUUCGUUUCUAUUUUUUAUUCGAAUUUGAUACUAUAUUGUGAGCAUUCAGUUCAAGAAAAAUUCAAUCAAAGGUAAUAAAAUUCAAAAUAUAUUUGAAUCAACAAGUCCAACUGUGAUGUUUAUAGAUCCUUUUUUAAUUAAUGCUGUCAAGAAAUCAAUAUCGUUGCUCAAAUAAGAAAAUUUUUACCUACUAUACUAUUGAAUCCAAGAGUGGUUCGUACCAUCAAUAUUAUUACGAUCGUUUGAAAUUAUACAAUAAAGCAGAAAUAGAACAAAAUUUUGAAUACAUCAUAAAUUUUGUGGCUUCAAAUUUUCCGCUUUCUAAAUUUGAAUUGCUUUGCAAGAUCUGACACUUAUCUAAUCCAGAAGAUUAGAUAUAGUUGCAAACCGGUUGUGUCCUAAAACUCAAAACAACUAAUUAAACUUGUGACCUAUUUCUGGAACUGCGCUGUUUAUUCCUCUCAAAUAUGCAUUCUGAACUUCAAGACUUUCGUUCUGUGCUGACUAGCAAAUGCAUUACAGUCGUACAGAGCGGUAGAAAAUGUAAAGACGUAAUUCGCACCAUUAAAUCGAAGUGCAGUACUCAAAAGUUUAUUGGGUAUGAUGCUGAAUGGGUGACUGUUGAAGGAAAAAGAAAACCUGUUGCGCUCUUGCAAUUGGCCACAGCAGACGGAUACUGCGCCUUGAUAAGACUCUGUAAUAUGGAUUACAUGCCAAAGGUCCUGUCAGAUUUUUUGAGUGAUCCGACCAUAUUAAAAUUAGGCGUUGCACCAGUCGACGAUGCACUCAAAUUAUACAAUGACUACGGCCUUAAUACUAACGGCACUUUCGAUUUGCGCUACUUAGCUGUGCUAACGGGUCGUAAUGGCGGUGGCUUAGCGAAUUUGUCAAAACACGUACUUCAAGUACAAAUGGAUAAAUCCUAUUAUAUUAGGUGCUCCGACUGGCAAGCCGAUAGGCUGUCUCAAAGACAAAUUAGUUACGCUGCUGCUGACGCUAUUUUGGCUGUUGAUAUAUACAUGAAAUUAUUUAACGAGUUGCUGCAAGAUUGCGGAUUAUCCAAAGCAUGUCAGUCAAUUUUUCCAUUAUUAGACGUGGAGUAUGCUCAGAAAAAAGCAAAUGAUAUGAGGCGACAACGACUUCAACAGACUAUCGAAAGAAAUUUGCAGAAAAAGCAAAAAGAGCUCUCAAAUACAACGGAAAGCGAUUGUUUAGAAAAAGAAUCAGAGCAACCUCGAUGUAGUGGUCACUCACAAAGCAUAGGUGCUGGAAACAGUUCACUAUGCGAAGUUCUUACUUCAAAUUAAGCUCACGUGAACUAGUAAGGCGAUAGGUUGGUUUUAGAGGCAAAGCACGUUGAGAAAUAUGUUGGGUCUAAAAUAAUUGACAACAAAGUACUUCAACACUUGAUGAAACAUACAAACCAAACUCUCUUCGAUCUUAAAUUAUUCAAUAAGUACUUGAAAAAUAAGAGUCAAAAAACCCAAUUAAGAGUUUAGAAGCGAAUCAA